UCACUCAUUAUAAAUAAUUGUUGGAUUGUUACUUUACUGUUCAAUAUUACUAAAAAUGUUAACGAAAACAGUGAUUUUAGUGUUAUCUACCGUUUUCAUUUUUUCUAAAUGUGACAAUAUCUCAGUAAGUGUUAAUCCUUAUUAUCCAGAUCAAGAAAAUUUAAAUCUAACAUCGAUAGAAGAAUUAAAAACUGCAUUAACCAAUAGAGGUCAUCUGUAUGUCGUCGAAAUAUCCAAACAGUACUGUCCGAAAUUACCGAAUAAAGUAUUGGAUGGUAUAAGGUUAACUGAUUUUCGAAUGAUAGAAGAUGAAGUGAAAGAAAUCGAAGCCGGUGCAUUUGACGGAUCUACAAUAAAUUCCAUAAGUUUAGACGAUAACCUAAUCGAAGUGAUACCCAAAAAUAUUUUCAACGAUAAGGAAUUAUGGGAUCUAACACUAACAAAUAAUUCAAUUUCGAAAAUUGAAGAUGGCGCUUUCGAAAAUUCGGAAAUUUCAUCGUUACGUCUCAGUAUGAAUAAAUUGAAAGACAUUGAUCCCGAAGCUUUUAGAGAUUCUAAGAUAGAAAGAAUGCUAUUGAAUGACAACUUUAUUAGAGAAAUUAGAAAUGGUACGUUUCAACGGGUAUUCGGAUUGAACAGUAUCGAUUUGAGCAAUAAUUUAAUCGAAACAAUCGACGAGAAUCUUUGUAAGGACGCAGAUACUCUAUCAGAAUUGAAUUUAGCGAAUAACAGUAUAACAUCGAUUCAUACCAAAAGUUUUGAAUUCUCUAAUAUAGGUCGAUUAUAUUUACAAGAUAAUCAUUUAGGUGAAAUCAAAAAAGGUAUUUUUAAUAAAUUACCUUUAACAUUUCUGAAUCUUUCGAAUAACGAUAUCGUUUCGUUAGAAAAUGAUGCGUUUCAGGGGAUGAAAUUUAUUAAUACUCUCAUUUUAUCGCACAACAAUUUUCCAGAAUUGCAUCCAGAUUUCUUAAUUAUGGAUAGUUAUUCUCGUCAUUUGAAUUUGAAUUUGUAUUUGGAAAAUAAUAAUAUCAGUGUUAUACGAUCCGGGGCAUUCAAUCAAUUAUAUUUACAAUCUCUACAUUUAGCAAAUAAUAAGAUUCAAGUUUUGAAAAAAGGGGUAUUCAGCAAUAAAAGUAUAAGUAGCAUAUAUUUGAGUAAAAAUCGUAUAACAACCAUUGAAGAAGGAUGUUUCGAAGAUUCAAACAUUUUUUCGCUUACUUUGAGUGAUAAUUUAUUAGAAGAACUUACUGCAGAUAUGUUCAAAAAUUGUAACAUCGACUAUUUUUAUUUUGACAAUAAUAAAAUUAGUAAGAUCGAAGACCAUGUUUUUAGUGAUAUUAGAGACUUGAAAGAAAUCGAUCUUCAUAAUAAUAAAAUUAAAAAGAUUCAAAAAGAAUUAUUCAGUAAUUUACAAAAAUUAGUACUUCUUAAUUUGAAUAAUAAUAGUAUAUCUUCUAUAGAACUUGAUAGUUUUGCGGGAUCAAACAUUCUUACUAUUUAUUUAAAAGAUAACCAUUUAACUCAUAUUAGUCAAGGUAUUUUCAAUAGCCUACCAUUUGUUGAAAUAAAUCUUGAACGAAAUCGUAUUUCUAGCGUCGAAAAUGGUUCUUUUGAUAUACCAAAACUACGCGAAUUGUUAUUAGGGGGUAAUAAACUCGGCAACUUGUCUCGAACAUCUCUAGGUGAUAUCAAUAACGAUCAAUUAGAUUUAAGUUUAGACGAUAACGGUAUUUAUAAUAUCGAACCGGGCACGUUUGAAAUUACAAAAGUAAAAUCGUUGAAUCUUAAAAAUAAUACUUUGAAAAAUAUUAAAAAAGGUAUGUUCGAAAACGCCGUAAUAGGAUUUUUGGUAUUAUCCAGUAAUGAAAUAUCCGAAGUGGAACCUCAGGCAUUCGAACAUGUUGAAGAUUUAGUUUUCGUUGAUAUGAGUCGUAAUAAUUUUGUCCCAAAAGUUCAUGACGAUUUCAUAAACUUCAAUUUUUAUAUUAAACCUAAAGCUGGUCUAGCUAAUUAUACCAGUGAAAAUUUACAAACUCUCAUUUCGGCUUCUUAUUAUAGCGGGUACAGAGAUUAAAUUGUUACUAUUAAUUAUUUAUUUGUUAUUAUAAUAUGAUGACUUAAUAAACGAUAUUUGUAAUAUA